AUGACCCACGGAUUUCCCCAAGAUGAAGUUAGACCCAUAACUUGUGUGGGAUACGGACCUAAUUAUGAAAAUAGUCAAGAUUUGAGAAACGAUGUAUUGGGAAAUUAUUCGGUGACAUUGCUUGAUUCCCUUGAUACAUUUAUCAUCAUGGGUGACUAUGAACGUUUUGUUAAUGGCGUGGAACUUAUCAAAAAUCACAUUCUGUUUGAUAUUGAUUCCACGGUUCAGGUAUUUGAAACUUCCAUUAGAGCGCUUGGGGCAUUAUUGACUUGUCACAUGUAUGCUGUAGAUGAAAAAAGAGGGUUCAAGAUCGAUGGCUAUAACAAUGAAUUGCUAUUUAUGGCUUAUGAUUUAGGUCACCGUCUACUACCGGCCUAUCAGACUAAGACAGGAAUUCCCUUUGCUCGAGUCAAUUUAAAGCAUGGGAUUGAGGGCGUACCUCCAAAUUUGCUCCAGGAAACAUGUACAGCUGGUGCUGGUUCACCGAUGCUCGAAAUGACACUAUUAUCUAAAUUGACCGGAGAUCUGACGUUUGAAACCGUUUCCAAAAAUGCUUUUAUGACUCUUUGGGAGCUGCGGAGUACUUUGGACUUGCUAUCUAUGAGUUUGAAUCCCAACAAAGGUAAAUGGUUGGAUUCGGUAAGUGGGAUUGGAGCCAGUAUCGAUUCUUUCUUUGAGUAUGCUUUAAAGGGAGCAAUUUUGUUUGAUGAUCCUGAACUCUUUAACGUUUGGGAAAUAUCGUACAAAGCAUUAUCGGUGAACUCAAAAAAUACUUGGUUCUUUACCAACGUGAAUGUUGAAAAUGGGUUUCUCAGUACUUACUGGAUUGAUUCCUUAUCAGCAUUUUUUUCCGGCUUACAGGUAUUGGCUGGGAAAGUUGAUGAUGCCAUAAAGACCCAUAUAAUGUAUUUGAAGCUUUGGAAUACAUUUGGAAGCAUUCCUGAGCGAUGGAACUUCCACAACGAAGUUGCCAAUAGCUUAUCGAGAGCAAUUGCUUUAGAAUGGUAUCCUUUGCGUCCUGAGUUUAUCGAAUCUACAUAUUACUUGUAUCGGGCUACCAAAGAUCCUCUAUAUUUGCAAAUUGGCGUAGGAAUAUUACGUGAUUUUCAAAAGCGGUUCAUUUCUGAUUGUGGAUUCUCAGGAAUCCAAGAUAUUAGAACCAACAAGAAACAAGAUCGAAUGGAAAGUUUUGUUUUGAGUGAGACUUUGAAAUAUCUUUAUUUAUUAUUCGAUGAGGAUAAUCCAAUACACCAUGAUACUUCCACAAAUAUCAUUUUUUCCACCGAGGGGCAUCCCAUGUGGUUGGAUAAACAAAUGACCAUUCCAUAUUCUACAGAAAAAGAGGAAGAAGAAAAAGAUGAACCUGAAGAGAUAGUAAUUGAUGAUGUACCCGACAAUGAAGUAUUUGACACCUCAAAUGGAGCGAUUUGGAAAAUCCCCAAAGAAUUGAUGGGGAAACUACCAACCUCUGCUACUGGAAUGAUUGCAUUGAUCUCAAAAACGUUUUCCAACCAUGAUUUCCUAUUCAAGAAAUUGAAGAGUUAUUAUUCGACUGGCAGAAAAAGGCUGUUAGAUUACAAUCAGUUGUUAUUACAAUCAAAACUCAACAGAAGCGAUAUGGUUGGGAUCGAAGAAUUUGGGUUGGUGUUAAAUGAUGAAGAUUUUACCACUUUGCAUGACGUAUGCGAAUUGAAUCCAUUGCCAAAUGAUGGAAGAUUUUUUUCUAAAUUGCUUAGCUGGGAUAAAUUCUACGAGAUUGAUGAUCGUUUUAAAGGAUCAUUGAAGAAACCAGCAUACUUGGAAAAGUACGGUCAUCAAGAAUUGGAAUUGGAAUCGAAGUUCUACGAUAUUUGGUGCGAUUCCAAAAAUAGUCAAUGUUUAAGGAGCUCAAAUACUGAGACGUUUGAGGUGUUGUUUGGUGAUAAGGACAAUGUGAGAUUUGCCCAAAUCGAUAGGGUAAAAGAAAAGAGUGAUUUUCAGCCCGCCACUAUGUCUUCUAAUGAGAGCUUGGUAAUGCCCGGGGAUCUCUGGGUUCCAAAACUUGACGGUAUCAGAGUUCAGGUGGAGAAAUUAUUGCCAGGAAAGGUAGAUUCAAGAAAUGAAGUGAUUUCUAGUGACUAUGUUGAUGAACUUCGAAAAGAAAACCUUGCGUAUGAUCCUCUAGAGGUUUACGAUUUGGCAGGGCUUUGCACCGCAGAAUCUUGUCCAAAAAUCUUGAGAGUCUUGGCAAUAAAUGGUAAAGCAGUUGGGACUGGGUCUAUUGUCUGGGUGACGAGGGCCAGUAUUGAACGUCUUAUGAAUUCCCAAAUUAGUUUGAAUGUGGGUAAGAGUGGAAUGGUGUUGCUUAAUAAUGAGCCGGUACAAAACAUGUUUCUAUGGGAUUGA